GGAGAUGCAUGUCAAAGAAUGUAUAGAGAAAACAGAGAAUGUGUCACAAUUCAACCAUUUGUUUCAUUUUCAGGCGACAUAUGUAUGUGUCAGGUAAUAUUUAAAUGUACUGGUAUUACUAGUUCUAUGGUUCCAACAGAAGCAGUAAAUAAAAUUCCCCAUUUGUUGGUCACAACUACAGAUAAUGGAGUAUCAACCCAUGAAUCUUUCUUGGCAGCAUUGAAAGAGUUUGAUGUCUACUUAAAUGAAAAAAAUGUUAAGCGACCCAUCGUCUUAUUAUCAGAUGGACAUAGCUCUAGACUAGACUUUGAUGUAUUAUCUUUUUUGGAGUCCAAAAGAAUUCAUCUUUUUCUUACUCCACCAGACACAACAGGAGUUACUCAACUUCUUGACCAAGUAAACAAGAACAUUCAUAGUGAGUAUCGUAAGCAAAAAGACUCUAUGUUUUCUGAUAUCUGUUCCUUAAACAAAGAAGCUUUUAUGUUAGUUUUAGCUAAUGUAUGGGACAAGUGGACAACCAAAGAAACGCUUGUAAAAUCUGCUAAAAGGGUUGGUGUUGCCGAAAAUGCAUUGAGUGUUGAUUUUAUGCAAAAAGACAAAUUCGAACGAGCAGAAAACUGUAUUGAACCAGAAAAACAAACUUCUCCACUAAUUUCUUCGCCGGAUAAAAGACGUGGUUCAGCAAAUUAUUGGAAAUCAAAAUUUGAACAAGCGAUGGAGUUGAUUGAUGAACUUCAUGAAAAGAGCAUUCAGCUGGAAGAAAUACCUGGUUUUAUGACAACCAAAAAGAUAAAGCCAAAAUUAACAAAAGAUGCAACACGUGUUACCCAAGUACAUGGAUCAAUGACUGCAAGCGAUGUAAUAACUCUAGUUGAAAGCAUAAAAAGAAAAAAAGAAAAAGAAAAGGAAAAAAAAAGAAAAUGCUGCAAAAAAGAAAGAGGAAGUUACAAGACUCUUUAUAACAUGUAAGCUUCAAUGCUAUUGCGAGGAGAUAAAAUGUAAAGCUUUUGGCUUAAAGCAGUGUCCAACCUGCCUCAAUAUAAUGCGGUCCAUUUGCAGCAAAGCAAACUGCAAAGUAAAUGGAAAAAACCCAGAAAUGAUUUUAUCUGCAGCUGCUAGAAAGAAAUAACUGUGAUAUUCAAAAUCUUUUUUAUUGAAUGAACUAUUUGUUUUAAAUUUGUUGUAAAGACUUGUUCUGGAUAAACU